AUGGACUUGUGGAACUGGGAUGAAGCUUCACCGCAGGAAGUGCCCCCAGGGAACAGGCUUUCAGGGCUGGCCCUAACCUCCUCAUUGCCUGCAGAAGGAGCUGAGCUCGGCUUCUAUUUCCCUGAGCUGGCGUUCCCAGGGGACACGCUGACAGUGGAGACACGCUGGAAAGGUGGUUUUGGGCUGGGACACCUGGGAGCUGAGGAAGGGCUCUCACCGCUGGACUGGGGCUCCACGUUAAUGCAUCCAGAAGCUACAUGGGAGGCGGAUCCCGCCCGUCAGGCUCUUCCGUGGUCAGGAGACUGGACGGACUUGACGUGCAACGGCUCGGACCACUGGAACGGCUUCUCCCAGGCCCCGGGCCCCGCCCCUCCCGGCCUGGGCCCCGCCCCCUUCGCCGGUUCUGCGGGGACAACGGAUCAGAACUGUGCCACCUCGGGGGGAGGGACCAAUUCGUGGUCUUGUGCCCAGGCCGCCCCCAGCUCCACCAACUGGGACAGUUCUAUUGGUCUCGACGGCGCCACCUACUGGGGCAAGGGCCUCCGCGGGGAGCCUCACGCGGACUCUACCAUUUCGUGGGUUGGACCUGCGGUCUCAGACUCUACCACCUCCUGGGUCUCGGGGCUGCAUACGGACUGCACCACUUCUUCAAAGGGAUACCAGGCUUCAGAUCUCACCACGUCCUCUGAACCCAGCCAGCAGUCGGACCACGUAACCUUGGCUUGUUACCCCAAAAGUAACCAUCGAGGUCCCAUUCAGCUGUGGCAGUUCCUCCUGGAGCUGCUCCGAGACGGGGAGCGUAGCAACUGCAUCCGCUGGACGGGCAACAGCCGCGAGUUCCAGCUGUGUGACCCCAGAGAGGUGGCGCGGCUCUGGGGUGAGCGCAAGAGGAAGCCCGGCAUGAACUACGAGAAGCUGAGCCGAGGCCUGCGCUACUACUACCGCCGCGACAUCGUGCGUAAGAGCGGUGGGCGCAAGUACACGUACCGUUUUGGGGGCCGCGUACCCGGCCUGGUCCAUAACGACUGCGCGGGAGGUGGACCGGGAGGAGCGACCCAAUAA